AUGGCAUUCCAGUUAUGUCUCAUUUUGUUUGCGACUUCAGUUUUGGCUCAGGAAUACAAAGGAAUGGGCGAGACAAGGACAACAGAGACUCCGCUCCGUAAACACUUCAAUUUGACUCCUGUGGGUUCUCAGGGCAUUCGCUUAAGUUGGGAAGUCCAACACUUGUCUGACCUCAAAGGAACAGAUAUUUCUCUAAAAGCGGUGAAUCCUUCUGACCCGUUAGUCUACAAAAGACAAACUGCAAAAUUCUCAGAUGGACAACUCACUAUCGGCGAACUGAAGCCCUCCACAUUAUACAAAAUGACUGUGGAAGCAGUGAAAGCGAAAAAGACCAUUUUGGGAUUCACCGUAGACAUUGAGACACCGCGCGCUGGCAAGAAGGAAAGCACUGUAAUGACUAGUGGAUCCGCCUUAACAUCCGCAAUCGCUGGUUUCGUAUUCAGCUGCAUAGUGGUUGUCCUUACUUGA